CGCUAAUGAUUUGCUUUCCUGUGAUGUUGUGUUUUGUAGUGACUGCUCUCAGUCAAAACGCAAAUUCAGUAAAUAAAUCGUGGCACCGUUCAUAACGCUUUAACUCUCUCUGGUAUGUGCUUACAUUUGUGCGAGAUAAACACAAAAAAUAUCAAUUUUAUUUUGAUUUUGGAAUGAAAUAACUUCGCGGUGUCUCUCGUUAAAUUUCGUAGUUUAAAUCGGGCUUUCCAUGGGUAAAUACCAAAAUUUUAAAGUUUAUUUCCGCAACGCUUUUGCAUUUGAGGACUUCCUUAAUUCAUAUUUUUAUUAAAACAUCAUUAAAAAGAAAAUUGAUUAAAUAGUGUACGUUACUUAUUGAUAGUGACAGUGACAAUCGUCAUUCUGUGUUUCAAAAAACAUGUCAUAUAGAUACACUACAAGAUUCAUAAGCCCUAUCCACCGCCGCACACCAAAUGAAGUGACGAAGUGAGUAAACAUUUAGCUCGCAAAAUCGACCUCGGAAAUAAAGGUUUUUAGAGCUCUCUAAGAUUGUCAUCGAUAUUAAUACGAGUUAAACUUGGUAAUUAUGAGCCAGAACUUUCUUUGACAAGAGGAGCAGAAAUCGAUCAAGAUGUGCGACGUAUUCAUUUGGGCAUGGCAUUAUCUAAGAGACGGAGCAGCAAAUUCGAUGACAUGUGUAUUCGGCGGCAAAUGCAAAAGCAAGGCGAGAUUGGAUGGUAAAGUGGUCGUCAUAACGGGGUGCAAUACAGGAAUUGGCAGGGAAACCGCUUUGGAACUUUACAAAAGAGGUGCACGUGUGAUUAUGGCUUGCCGGAACUUAGAAAAAGCUAAAUCAGCUGAAAGGGACAUCAAGCACGAGACUAAGGGCCUCUUAAAUGUCGGCGAAAUUGUUGUUAAAGAACUCAACCUAGCGUCGUUUAAGUCGAUCCGCAAAUGCGCAGAUGAUAUCCUGGCUUCAGAAAAGCACAUCCACUUUCUCGUCAACAAUGCAGGUGUUUUCGCAUGCCCUCGAGAGCUGACAGAAGAUGGUCAUGAACUUCAAUUCGGAACAAAUCAUCUGGGGCAUUUUUUAUUCACCUUGCUGUUGUUACCGAGGAUAAUCAGGUCUGCUCCAGCAAGGAUUGUUACCAUCGCAUCAUUGGCUCAUAUGUGGGGCGAUGGGAAAAUGCAUUACGAUGAUAUCACUCUCGAAAAAUCGUAUUCACCCACUGAUGCUUAUGGCAGAAGCAAGCUAGCAAAUAUUUUUUUCACAACUGAACUAGCAAGAAAACUCGAAGGCACGGGAGUGACAACUUAUAGCCUGCAUCCUGGGCUAGUUCAUACAGAUCUGUUCCGUCAUUUGGAUAAGACGGUGUCUCCGACUUUUCAAGAUGUGUUUUUAAGUCGGUGCGUCACAACUUUCCUUAAAUCAUCCCGCCAAGGUGCCGAAACAACUCUACAUUGCUGUCUCGAUGAAAAAGCGGGAAAAGAAAGUGGGCUUUACUAUUGCGAUUGCAAACCAAGAAUAGUCAUGAAAAGAGCUCGGGACCAGGAAAAGGCCAAGGAAUUAUGGGAAUACAGUUGGAAUGCAGUUAGUUUACCUAAGGAUUAUGAUCCAUUCGUUAAAGGUUAAUCCCAAAAAUUACAGCAGAGCCCUUUUUCAAGCAACCCAAAUGAUACUAGUGUACAAAAAGGCAGAAAAGCGAAAUGUUCUAAUUUGGCUAUCAAAGAGCUCAAAAAGAAGGGUACAUGAAAAAUGAAAGUUUUUUCUUGCCUGAGUAUAUAUUUUCUCUUCUUAUUUGAAUCGAACUGGAUCAACAAUGGUUAAAGAGCCAUAAUGCGACGUAAGACGUAACGUUUAAAAUUGAAUAUAAGUAGUUGAAUAUAAGUUGCAUUUAUCUAAAUGAUAAUUUUUUACUGAAAGUAUUGUUUUUACAUGAGAGCCAUUAGAGCACAUACACAUAUAAAUAACUUGUUAUAUUUAUUUUAAUUGAUUCGCCGUUCUGCAUGCUAUUUCUCCUCACUGCCCGCGGGGAAACUCUGCACUGCCAAUACUUAAGUGUAAAAAGUCCGAACUUGCAUGCUUCAUAGAAAACAUAUCCAGUGGAUGGUUUGCUAAGUAAUGAAAGAAACAAAUUAAAGCUCUUUCAUUUAAGAACAAUAAUAAAUGUCAUGUGGCAGUAUUAAAUUCGAUUACGAAUAUUUUA